AUGAAACAUACUUUCCCAUCGCUGCCGAUUCCCUCAACUAUUUGGGAUAUUAAUUUGGCAGUGUUACAGUCUACAACAGCUGCAAGUACAGUGAAUCAAAAAGUACUCCCGCAAUCUACCUGUUGUGAUAUAGUUCCAAUUUCAUUGGACAAUCGUUUGGACGGUACUUUAUAUUAUGUUCUCGAUUUGUAUACAAUGAAUCGAUCGUACAAUAUACAAGCAUCAUUAGAAACACUUUGUUCAGCAAUAAUAUAUAAUGUAUUCUGUUAUGAUAUUAAAAUGUCAGAAGUUACACUAGCCAAAUCAACAAUGGGUGCGUAAAUUUUAGAAAAAGUACUUUUUCGUGACCUA